AUGGCGGCAAGAAGAGAGAAACUGUUCGUGGCUGUUACACUACUGCUACUGGGAUCUGUCAUGAAUCAACCUCAACUAACAGGUGCAAAACUAAUAGGCGUUUGCAAUGGACGAGUUGCUAAUAAUCUACCAUCUGAAGAAGAAGUUGUGCAAUUCUAUAACUUAAAGGGCAUAAAGAUGAUGCGCAUAUACGAUCCAAAUGAAGCAACCCUUCACGCCCUCAUGGGAACAAAUAUACAACUCAUCCUUGGUGUGCCCAAUGAAGACCUUGCAUCCCUUGUUGACCCUUUGGCUGCAAGUUGUUGGAUAAGCCAAAAUGUAAUAGCUUUUUCACCCCAGGUUAAGUUCAAGUACAUUGCUGUUGGAAACGAAGUGAAGCCUCUUGAUGCAAAUGCCCAGUUUGUCUUGCCGGCAAUGCAAAAUAUAUACAAUGCAUUAGUAUCAGCUAAUUUACAAACCCAGAUUAAGGUCUCAACAGCAGUUGAUGCAACACUUUUAGGGUCAUCUUUUCCUCCAUCAAGUGGUGCAUUUAGUGAAAGUUCUAGCUCAUAUAUAACCCCAAUUGUCCAAUUCCUAGCAAAUGUUAAAGCUCCAUUUCUGGCCAAUGUUUAUCCUUACUUUAGUUACGUCGGUGACCCAGUAAACAUCAGACUCGACUACACCUUAUUUACUGUACCAGAUGGCGAAAGUGUGGUUAAAGAUGGUUCAUUAUCUUAUUAUAACAUGUUUGAUGCAAUGUUAGAUGCUUUUUACUCUGCUCUUGACAAGGUUGGAGGAUCUUCAGUGGAAAUUGUUGUGUCGGAGAGCGGUUGGCCGUCUGCUGGUGGGUUUGCUGCUACAGUUAGUAAUGCUGGUACUUACUAUAAGAAUUUGAUUGAACAUGUAGAUAAAGGGACUCCAAAGAGGCCAGGAAAAGCGAUUGAGACUUACUUGUUUGCCUUAUUUGAUGAAAAUCAAAAGGGACCUGCAGAGACUGAGCAACAUUUUGGUCUCUUCUCCCCGGAUAAGCAGGCCAAGUACGAGAAUAUUAUUUUUAAUUAA